GGCCACUUCAACCGUGAAACCGUGAAGGUCUCUUUUCAACCGAAACAGGAAGUUGAAUGUUAAAGGUGCGAGUGCGUGUAUGGCCAAUAGUCAAGUCUUGCGUGUUCACCAAGCAUCACGUCCUAGAGUAAGCAGGCAAUGUGUUCUCCCAAGGCGGCGGUUUUCUUCAUCCUCCUUGUUCAUUCGAUCAGGUCGGACAGUCAUGGUGACCUCGAAAAAUCAAAUAGAUUUAAAAGAAUCGUUCUCGGCAAUGGAUCAGCAAUUCUUCCUCCUCGGCCAUUACCCAUUGGAAACUUGUCUAGCAAUCAUGGAGAGGCAGAUUGCUACUUUGUUGGCACUCAUUUCUAUUGUAUUAGUCAAUUCCUGGCUAGUUUCGCGGAAUCAAACCAUUAUUGUCGUGAAGAAAAAAUGCAACUUCUUUAUUUGGAAAACGAAGAAGAGCAUGAAUACCUUUACAAUUUCAUGAGCAACAACUACCACAGUAAGCUACUCACAUUUCUUUCGGCGGGAAAAUUCCUUAAAAAGAAUGACUUCGCAAGUGAAGAAGUCUACUCUAAUUAUGUCUAUGAUAACAUCAGUCCAGGAAUGUUAGUGAAAUGCGUUUCAGUGUGUGGGCGCCAAAUACGGCCUUCCAUAGACGAAGGCAGAGUGUUAGAUUAUGAGGAUCGGGAAUACAUCGGUUUAGCCAUUAAAGUGCAAUGGAAGACGGGUAUCGUUCGCUGGUAUCCCGCCCAGAAUCUGCAAAUGGGUGGCUUUCGAAGUCUGAAUAGCUCAAAUGUACGUCGGCCGUCCGAAGGAGUGUUCACACUGGAAGAAGAUAUAUUUGAACCAGGCGAUAAAGUCCGCAUUCAUAUUUCUUCGGACAUUUCAGAUUUAGAUCAGCAAAGAAUUUCGCAGCAAGUUCAACCUGGUGAAGUUGGAAUAAUAUCAGAUUUGGACGCUGCUGGUGGAAGUGGCUUGGUUUACUUUCCAAGCAACAAGGGAUGGCGGGGCCCCUUGUCUUUGUUAGAAAUAGUUGAUAAGCGCAAAGCAUCGGGAACCUUCUGGACAUCAGGAAAGAAAAACAGUAAAGGAGACGGGUGGAUCUGGACAAAUAACAAUGAACUUGUGACAUUCACCAACUGGGCCCUUGAAGAACAAGAAGCUUUACUUAUAAAGGGAAACUGUCUCGAAAUUAAAUAUCACAAACAAGGCAAAUGGUUCUCUUCAAGAUGCUCUGAUCGUAAUUAUUUUAUUUGCAAAAAAUGACAUAACAAUUGCUAAAAUUUUCAAUAAACAACAUGCAAGAAGAAUGCUUAUUAGGCCUAUAUGUUUUAUUAUUUUUUUAUUAGCGUGUUAUUUAUUUUUAUUUGUUGAACUGGUUGAACAGUCUUACAGUCAUGGUCAAUGACUCAAUGUGCUAUUAUUCUCUAUGGCGCUGCCUUCUGUCCAUUUCAUACUACUUUCUCAGUUCUCUCAUGGUUUUCACCACCAGAUGACAACACACUACAAACAUGGUAACAUUUCCGCCUUUUCGGACUAUUUUCUAGGAUCAGAGGCCCAUCUGUUAUUUUCGCUGAACCUGGACGCCCGUACGUGCAAUCACAGCCAUUAUCCAUAAGAAGCAGAUUAGCAUUCACAUGCUAAAAAGCUAUUUUUUCAGUUGUUGAAUUUGAUGGCAUUGUUGCAUAACGUUCCUCUUCGGUCUUUUCUUGCAUCGUUGAAAAGGAACGCCAUUUCUUUAACCUUCCCUCUUAUUGCUGCCGGUCUCAUCUACUCUGAUUAUUCGUACACUCAAAGGUGUAAAGCACGAGACAUCGCCAGAAACCAAGAACUAAAAAACCUUGAAAAUGUCGAUUAUGAGUAGAGAACUUUCUAUGACAUGGAAAUAUUUGAUGAGGCCGAAAAAUGCUAUGGCCAUCGUCCCACUCAUUGGCCUUUACGUUGGAUGGAAAAUUGAAAAAAUUGAGUAUGACAGACUUUCAUUGUUUAAAGAUAGAAGUGCCCUGUUUGGAAGGGAACAUGGCCCCGACUACAAGCCUUCAUGGUGAUUUGUGAAAAUGUAGAAAAUGUAAUGUAAACAUCAAUAAACAUAUAGAAGUCAUUAAA